AUCAUCAAGACUCGGAUUUAAUCAGAUACACCAGCCCUCACCGAAAAGAUUCCUGCACCCGCACCCCUAAAAUCUCCUCAGACCUCUCCCUCUCCCACUCCCACUCCCACUCCCACCUCCGCUUCUGCAAAUCAAACCCAACCCUCGUCUCCUCGGCUAUCGUCGAUGGAAACCACCCAACCCCAAUCAUCAUAAUUAUAUUCACAACCCAGUGCUCAACGAUAAAGUUUCAACAACAAGAACAACCAUGGAUGCGUACCAACAACAAAACUGGUACAUGAGGCCACCACCGCCGCCGCCGCCGCCACAGCAACCACCGUCGUCGACGGAUCCCUACCAGCAACCACAGCAGCAGCAACAGCCUCCGCCGCCUCCCAGGCCACCGGCUUAUCCGCAGGGCUCAUGGUACCCCAACCAGUAUCAGUACCAGCCCCCCUCACACUCUCCCUCGCCUCCGCCACAGUGGGCCCCGCCACCUCCUCCUCAUCCCCAUUCCGACCAUUACCCUCCUCCGGGUUCUUAUCCUCCGCCGCAACACCAUUAUCCUCCGCACCCCGUCCAUCAGAACCAGUUCCCUUCACCUCCUCCUCGGCCUCAACUGGCUUCUUCCCCACACUUUCCUCCUCCUCAUUCAUAUCCUCAGCCCAAUCAGGAAUGGGGGAAUCCCAAUUGGGCGCAUUCCCAAGGUUGGGAACAUCAAGCAGUUGGUCAUAACAAUGAAGAAGAUUGGGCUGCUAAGGCUAGAGCAUGGGCAGAUGCUAAAACAGCAAUGGAGAAUCAGCAUCAACAAUCUCAGUUUACAGCAGUUGGGAGACCUGAAGAUCAAAGCCAUUACCAUGACCAAUAUUCUCACUCUGUUGAGUCUCAUUAUGCAGAAAUUCAACAUCAGUCUAUGCCUACAUCUAACUAUCAACAGGUUCAACAACUUCAAGCUCCAACUGCACCUUUUCCCCGGCCUCCAGUAGCUCAUCACUCAGAGUCUCCUUCUGUCAGCUCUGAUCCAUCUUAUGUGCCAGAGGGACAUCUUCACUCUGUUAGAGAUGGAACACCAACUGCAGAUUCAAAUGCUAUGUUUCAACGUCAAGGAAAUCUACCUAUAAGUCCAUCUGUUCAUCAGCAGGAGGUACCUUCUAGUUAUUCUUCUGUUACAGGAAGCAAUGGGGUUAUGCCUUUUUCGAAUUCAUCAUCUCAGCAAGGACAGCACCAUAUGCAACCACCACAGGCUGUGCCUCUUGCUGACCAGCCUUUAGAAUUUAUGCCCAAAUUCAAUCGUGAUGACCCACUUAUGCAGUCCAGCUAUGCUUAUCACGAUUCAGUUGGACCGGCAAGAGGGAUGGACACUGUUACCGCUAUGCCUUCUAUGAACAGUUGGUCAGCUCCUGUUGCACCUGGUGUGGGUUAUCCUCCUAUUGCUCCAAUUCUGCCAUCAGGGCCUCAGCAACAUGAUCCUGCACUAGCUGUGCCUUCUUCUGUUUCUGGGCAUGCUGCACAUCCAUUUAGUAGUUUUCCUGUAUCUGGCCUUCAGCCAACAAUUCCAUCUGCUGCUCCCCCGUUUGCCCACAAUGCAGGAACUUCACUUCACCCUACAACAGCCUUUUCUGGUGAUGCCUAUGGAAUUCCUAGUAUUUCUGAGCGUCCUAAAAAGGCUUCAGUGCCUAAUUGGCUUAAAGAGGAAAUAAAGAAAGCAGUUAUCACAACAAGUUCGUCUAUGGAUCAUCCCAAGGAGGAGACACAAUCUAUUGAGGAUGAAGGUUUUGACAAUUCUGUUGGGAAGGGUGAGCAAGCAGAUAGCAAAAGCAUUGAUUCAUCUAGAUCAACUGAAGAAGAUGAGGAUGAUGAGGAUUACGUGGAUGCAGCUAGAACUGCAGCAAUUAAUCAUGAAAUAAAGCGUGUGCUAACUGAAGUUUUGCUGAAGGUAACGGAUGAACUGUUUGAUGAAAUUGCAACAAAUGUUCUCAAUGAAGAUCUAAGAGUUGAAGUUGAUAAAGAGACUGUCUCCUCAAACCAUAGGGUAUCUCCGUCUCCCUCUACACUUCCAUCUAACAAGCCGACCACAAAGAUUAUAAUCCCAGGGAAAUCCAAGGAAUACAAGAUUGAAGGCGUUGAGAAGUCUAGUUCUAGUUCCCCUGGAGAUGUACUGGGUCUUGGAAAUUAUGCCACUGACGAUGAUGAUGGUGAUGAAAUUCAGAGCUCUAGCUUGCCAAAUUCCAGGAAAAAAGAGCUUCAGCAUUCAUAUUUUGAAAAACCUUCAGAAGACAAGCAUGAUGUUGGUGCAAAUGGCAGUUCGUUAGCCCAUCCUGAAGAGCUCAACAGAAAGCAGAAAAUUUUGGAGAGUGAGACAAGUAAAGCUACCUCAGUUGAGUCUAAAUAUAGUAACAAUGAUGCUACUGCAAAUUCUAAGUCUGAUAAAAUUAGGAAAAAUGAAAGUAAUGCUGGUGGAAGUACACCAGAUGGUAUCAAUGUUUCUAGAUCAAAAAAUAUAGUUGACGUAGGUGGAUCAGAGCCUCCUGAAGAUGAUGAGAAUGUGACGAAAACAUCAAAAGAUAGCAACCAAGUUAAGGAAGUCAGGACAAAAGCUGAAAAGAAUGAUAGACAUGACAGUAAGAGGAGUUCUGGGAAAGGCUUUGGAAAGAAGGAAGAGAGUGAUAAGAGGACAGAUGAGAAGGGCAAUGGUAAUCAUAGGAGGCACGAUGAAAGGUACUCGAGAAAGGAAAAGACAGGUGAACGGAAUGGAUCCAAAGAAAGAACAAAAGAGCAAAGUGAUAAGCUCUUAGUGCCGGAAUCUGAGUCAAAGAAAAGGUCUUCCCAUGUUAAUGCCAGGGACGAUAGAAAAGAAACAGAGAGGCAACAUAAAGCUGGUGCUAAAGAAGAAAGCAACAGAAAACACGAGCAUACCAGGGAUAAGGAGAGCGAGAGAUCAAGGCACAAACAUGCUAGUGACUCAAGCAGGCACAAGAGAAGACGUUCAAUUAGUAGGGGUAGAAGCAGCAAGGACGACUCAGUUCAUCGCGAUAAUGAUUCUAGUGAUGAAGCUUCUAAUGAUUCUAAGAGGAAGUUGCAUUCAAGGAGACGCAACGUGUCACGCUCCCCCUCACCUGGCAAGUCUAGAAGAAGACUAGUUUCGCGGUCUCCACAUAGCAAGCAUUCUCAGCGCAGGCAUUCUCCCUACUCUUCUCUUGAUAACAAUAGGGCAAAGCGGUCCAGGUCCAGAUCGCCUAGUCGACGGCAGAGAUGAUUGGAAAAAGGAUGCUCUUCUUCAGGUCCUACUGUACUGGCUACAUCUCGGUUAACGGCCAGAGGUUAACGGCCAGAGACAAGAGAAAGGGAUGCCUUCAGGUCAUCUUGGUUAACGGCUAGCGAGUUUAUAUGGCAUCACACAUAGAAGCUGUGGCUACCAAGUAAUGUAGUUAAAUUUUGGUGUAUCUGGUCUUGAGGGUUAACCAUUUAUAGUCGUGACAAGUAAUGUAUGUUCAAUCCAAAAAAAGAAUCAAAAGGGGCUGUUGUUUUUCGUCUCUCUUCUAUUUUUAACUCCCUUUUAAUAUGCACAUUGCUGUUUAAGUGGUCCUAAAACAGAUGUAUGCAUUACUCAUUGUUAAGUACAAUAUAAUUCAGGCAACGACUGGUUUUUCACUGAAAA